CAUCUCAGCAGCUUCCAGACCAUGUGCACAAAUUGGAUUGUGAACAGGUGGGUCAGUUGGCAUCAUCCCAUGAAGCAGCUGUGAGAGGGUCAUGAUUCACUCUUUGGAAAGCGACUGUCUAAAUGCAAUUUGGGCUAUUCAAAGGAAUGUGGAAGCUCGAUGGAUGCUCUUAUUGUUAGGGAUAUUCAACACUUUAUGCCAAUUUACUUUGUUGGUUCAUGUUACUUAUUACUCAGGAGGAGAGAAAUAAGAUGGUCCAUAUAUUAGUUAAAAUUAGUAACGAAGUGAAUUAUUUUUUUUGUGGGGGUAACGAAGUGAAUUAUUGAUUGUAUAAUGAAACACAAAUAAUUUAUUUUUGGUAAUUUGAUUACCUUGGGAAAUAACUCGCGCGGCGUAAGCUUCUUGUCCGACCUCUGCGCAGCACAGAACACUCUUCACUUCGAUAUCUUCUUGGCCGAACUGGUCCUCUACUCCCUCCCGCUACAGAGAUUAAAGCUGAGCUCGUCGUUCGCUCCCUGAAACAAUUCUCUAAACCCUUGUUGCUAAAUACACUCGCUAUAUUAUAUAUCAACCACUGACUUCGAUCUCUUAUGUACGCACUCCCAACUCUCUGAGAGAAUCCCCAGAAAAGCUUUUUAUUAGGAGGAUCCUUUGUUUCUCUACCCUAUUAUUAAAGUUCAUAUCUUGGUACAUAUUCAUCUGCAGCCUUCUAUGGCAGCUGUUGCAUCUGCCCCUUCCCCUUCUCUGGAGAUUUUAGUUCGAGGACCGGAAGGAUUCUCAAUCUGGAAUGGUCCCCCAUUCACCAAUGGUCAGCCAGGUGUCAAGCUUGAAACAAUUCCUUGCACCACUUCAAAGUUCAGUGAAGAUGGUUCCAGGCUUAUGGUGGUGAAAUCUGAUUCUGUGAUUACCAUUUAUGAUUGCAUCAGCUACAAAGAGAUCAGGAGCUUUCAAGUGCCGAACUCUCUUGCAGCCACCUUGUCUCCACGUGGCACUUAUCUUCAAACUUUUCAAAAGUCCUCAACCCCUCAGCAAAAGAAUGUUACUGUCUGGAACAUAGAGACGGGUGACCCUGUUUAUCAUCAAUUCCAAAAGAACAUGACCAAAACCACUUGGCCUUCCAUUAGAUUCUGCUCCAAUGAAGCUGUUGCUUAUCGGCAUGCAACCAACGAGAUUCAAUUUUUUGAUGCUGGGGAUUUUUCUAAAGGGAUUGUCCAUCGGAUAAGAGUUCCUGGGGUAGCAGCAGUUGAGCUUUCUUGGGCGCCUCCGUCCUAUGUUGCUGCAUUUGUUCCUGAAUCCAAGGGAAUUCCUGCCAGUGUCCAGAUAUUUUCUCGUGAACAGGAUGCACAGAAUCCACCUGUUGCUCGAAAGAGUUUUUUCCGAUCUUCAUCCAUACAAUUGAGUUGGAAUCAGGGCUCAACUGGUCUUUUAAUUGUAGUUCAGUCAGAUGUCGAUAAGACCAACCAAAGUUACUAUGGGGAAUCAAAGCUCAACUACCUGACAACAGACGGGAGCUAUGAAGGGCUUGUACCUCUUCGUAAAGAGGGGCCUGUUCAUGAUGUUCAGUGGUCACAUUCUGGUUCAGAGUUCGCAGUGGUUUAUGGGUUCAUGCCUGCCAAGGCAACUGUGUUUGACAAGAAGUGCAAUCCUCUACUUGAGCUUGGAACAGGCCCAUACAACACAAUCCGAUGGAACCCCAAAGGGAAAUUCCUCUGUAUGGCAGGAUUUGGCAACUUACCUGGUGAUAUGGUAUUUUGGGAUUACAAAGAGAAGAAACAGAUAGGAGCAUGCAAGGCUGAAUGUUCUGUGACAAGUGAAUGGUCUCCAGAUGGAUGUUAUUUCAUGACAGCCACAACAGCUCCAAGACUGCAAAUUGACAAUUGUGUCAAAGUUUUCCACUACAACGGAACCCUAUUCUUUAAGAAGAUGUUUGACAAGUUAUACCAGGCUGAUUGGAAACCAGUGACCCCAGAGAGAUAUGGUGACAUUGAUGAGCUUAUAAAGGCUAUUGACACACUAAGAGUUGAAGAAGCCAAACCCCAAGGAGAAAGGUCUAAAGCAUCUCAAACUUCAGGAAAAAGUUUGCCCACUAAUCCCCCUGCAGUGAAGCCUGCUGCUUAUCGGCCCCCACAUGCUAAGAAUGCAGCUGUUGUUCAGGCAGAGUUGUUUGGACAGAGCUCUACCAAAACACCGAGCAAGAAUGCAUUGAGAAACAAGAAGAAAAGAGAGAAACAGAAUGAGAAAAAGGCUGCCGAGGGAGCAGGAAGCGUCGGUGAAUGACUGUCAUCUACGAUGGAUGUUGAGGCUUCGCCAAACAACAGCAAUACAUCACUCUUAGUGUCCUUUGCUUACGAAAUUAAAAUUGUUUCUGAAGCAGGAUCUUCUUUGUUCUCUAAAAUUUUGACUUAAUGGAUCAUUAUAUGCUUUGCAAAUGAAAAAAAAAAAUAACACUAGUUUGUGCAUGCAAAGCCUUCCAUUAUGAUUGUCUUAGAAAUUAUAAUGGCGAAGUGGAGUGGCAGAAGGAUUAAGUUGAGGCAACAAUUUAAGAGUGUUGUUACAAAAUAAAUUCAUGUAUUCAAUAUGGCUGUUCCAACUUCGAAUGUCCA